AUGCCUCAGGUCUGGCUCUUAUUUGCCCGUGGUAGAUCUCCAAGCGCAUACACUUGGGCAGGGCAACUCUGUGUUUGGAUAAGUCUGUGUGUGUCAGCCUCGCCUACAAGCCUCAAUGCUACGUACGCCCACCAGGCUGACAUUGUUAAUCAAGAUCUAAUAAACACCCACUGCCUGCAUCACCAGUCUCGCAGUCUCUACUUCGCAACAGCGCCAAUGGAAACUUCAAGCAAACCAAAAACGCGGCGCUCGAAGAAGGGGUGUCGUACCUAUCGGAUACGGCGAAUGAAAUGCGACGAGACAUCCCCAUCUUGUACGCGAUGCGCAUCGACGGGCCGCACCUGUGAGUGGUUUGGAGUAUUUCGCGACAGGCUUGGCACAGUCAAGCCAAGGCUGAGGCCACAGCAAGUCCUGGCCAAAUUCCCCGACGCCAAAGCCCAGGAGCUCCGCGGGUUCAAGUUCUUCCAGCAUCGGACCGCCCGGGAGAUGUGCCCGUGGUUUGACUUUGGGUUCUGGACGUCGCUUGUCCUUCAGCUGAGCCAGUCAGAACCGGCUGUCCUGCAUGCCUUCGGGGUCAUCCACGAGACCGAGGAGAGCCUUGGCAUGCCUAUUUCCAAAGACCGGCUAACCCACAACGAGAAGCACAAGUUUGCGGUGGGGCAAUAUAAUGCCGCCAUCAGGUUGUUGUUGGGGCCGGACGGCAACUUCCGUGUGUUGGCUACUUGUUUGAUCUUCAUUCAUAUUGAUCUGAUGCGCGGCCUAUAUGAGGCUGCUAGGGGGCACAUCAGGAGCGGGCCGAAGAUACUAGAAGAAUCCGGGAAUGUUCUGUCGCAUGAUGUGAGUCGGAUGAUGAGAACGGGAUUUUGCCGGCUUGACCUACAGGCUGCAGAUUUCGAUGCUGAGGCGCCAUACUACAAACUUCUGGUUGAUGAGCUCGCCGUCCUCGAUGAUGCAUUGAGUCAGCCUUUUAUGACACUUGAAGAUGCAAAAGAGCAAUAUGACACGCUGCUCUAA